AUGAGAAUUGUUAUUCGCUUACCAGCUUCCUAUUAUAAUCGUUUCCAUAUACUUCGCCUUCUAAGCACUCAUCCCACAUUACAAUCGACAGAGGAGGCUCACUUGUUGAGUGACUCUGGCGUGGUGUUGCCAGUAUUCUCCUACGGCACCGGAGUGGGAUGGAUGUCGCCGAUGGGUCCGCUGCUCAUGUCUAAUGAAAGCCCGGCAGAGCAACCGGUACAUCCCGAUGUCGUUUCCUGGAUGGCAUCUGCCGCUUAUUUAGUGGGAACGCCGGCGGUUUUCCUCUUUGGAUAUAUCGUUGAUAACUAUGGGCGAAAGAAGGCAUUAAUGUUGACAUCAUUGUCUAUGGCUGUCUGCUGGAGCUUGAAGUUGUACUCGACAGAAACCUGGGCCCUAAUCACAGCGCGGGCUAUAGUGGGUUUUGGUGUGAGCGGCUCCUAUGUGGUCACACCUUUAUACAUCAAGGAAAUUAGUGAAGACUCGAUACGAGGGACGCUGGGAAGUCUCGUCGUCCUCUCGCAGAACUUGGGAAACUUGGCCGUGUAUUUGCUCGGAGAAUAUCUGAGUUACCACGCGACUUUGUGGAUUUGUUUGGCUGUACCACUGAUACAUUUGCUGGUGUUCUGUACGAUGCCUGAAACGCCGUCCUUUCUGUUGAAGACGGGGAAAGUUGAGGAGGCUCGUGACGCGCUAGCGUGGCUGAGAUGUCGCCAAGUGACAGAUGCAGCGGUUGAAAGUGAACUGCAGCUGUUGCUUUUGGAAUUGGAGCAUAGUAAACCGACAAGAUUUUUCUCGACAUUCAAAGAUAUAGUAUCAAACAAAUGUACAUUCCGUGCAUUCCGGAUCACGCUAAUAAUUACGGUUGCGCGUGAGUUGUGCGGGUGUCUUGCUGUUCUGCACUUUGCGUCGACGAUCUUCAGUAAGGCCGGUGGAGGCUUAGCGCUGACUCCGAACCAACAGGCGACCAUAUUGGGUGCUGUCCAAUUGGUCGGUUCCUGUACAGCGUCCAGUCUUGUUGAGAAAACUGGCAGGAAGCCCCUCUUAGGCAUGACAUGUUUAGUGUCAGGCAUCGCUCUAACAGUCCUGGGAGGUUGGUUCUUCGCGGAAACGGAAGCUGUAGCCUGGUUGCCAAUAUGCGCGCUUUGCUUAUGUAUCUACUGCGAUGCUGCUGGGUUACAACCAGUUCCAUUUGUCAUCAUGACUGAAAUGUUUUCCUUCCAGCAUCGUGGGACCGUCACAUCGAUUGUGAUAGCGUUUGCGUGCGCGCUAGUCUCCAUAGAACUGCGAGUGUUCCAGCCUCUAUCUACGGCAGUGGGAAUAUUCUUAGUUUUCUGGUUGUUCGCUGGAGUCUGCAUCAUCAGCACAGUGUACAUUGCCUUGUAUGUCCCCGAAACUAAGAUGAAAACGAUGGACGAGAUUCACGAACUGCUCAGAGGCAAGAAAAAGGAUGAAGAAUCAGCGGUCACUAAGUUGUAA